AUGAUGUACUCUGCCGGUGCCAUGUAUGCGGAGAUCUACAACAACCCGGCAAUAGCCGCGGCUGCCAAGCCGAAGGAGGAGUCAGUCCCUCCCCCAAACUUCCACCACACCUUUGAGGACCCCAACCGGUUUUACACGGACCCCACCCGGGGGUACAACCAACAGCCGCCGGUGCCACCGUCAUCGCAUCAGCCACAGCAGCAAGGCGCGCCUUCAGGAUACCCUCCCACAGGGGGCAGUGGCUUCUACAAUCCGCAGCCGACACAGCCCUCGUAUGCGUCCCCAUACAGCCAGGUGAGUCAGUAUGUGGGCACACACGCCGCGCCGCCACCGCCGCCGCCGGGCUACUCUUUGUACACACUUCCUCAUCAGCCCCAACAACAGCAGCAACUACUACCGCAGCAACAGUAUGGCAACUACACUCAGCCGUCUGCGCCGUAUGGUCAUCAACCACAGAUGCAUCAGCCGCCGCCGCAGCCAUACGGCAUGGCUGACUACCCGCAGCAAACGAACCUCGACUUCAUCCGUGUGACUCAGGUGCAUAUGCGCAAGAACAGCAACAAGCCCGGGGCCCUCUACGACCACCCGAGUGUGCCGCGUAUCAUGCCACAGGACAUUCAGGAGGACCUCCAGCAGCGCAUGGCCGCCCCGGUGCACAUCACGCCAGCCAACCGCAUCUGCAUUCGACCGACUAUGGGCACUUUUCCCCAGACGCAGCAGCUAGCGGAUUCCCUCAGUCUACCGCUUGGCGUCAACUUCCGCCCCUUCGCGGAGCCACGGCUGAAUGAGGUGGACUUGUCAGAGAAAGGGAACAUCAUGAUCCGCUGCAAGGCGUGCGGCGCCUACAUCAACCCCUUCACCACCUUCACCGAGGUCAACGACGGUUCGCGGUGGCAGUGUAUUCUGUGCAGGCACGCGAACGUGACGCCACGCGCCUACUUCAGCCAUGUCGACCCGCAGACUGGCCAGCUUGAGGACAUCAUGAGCCGCCCGGAGCUGCUGCAUUGCAGUGUCGACUUCUACGCGACGCCAGAGUUCCUGAAGCGUCCGCCGCGCCGACCCGUCUUCCUACUGAUGCUGGACUGCUCCUUCUCUGCUGUGGCCUCAGGUCUGCUGGAGGCGAUGUGCCGCGGCGCCCUGGCGGCGCUGGACUCGAUGAAAGAUGACGACGCGCUGUAUAUGGGCAUCAUGGGUUACGACGGCACUGUUUACUUCUUCAACAUACGCUCCACCCUGAGUGCACCGCGCAUGAUGGCGUCUCCAGACACGGUCAGAGAUAUCGCCAACGUGAAUGACGACUUCAAGCUCGAAAAGGUUGAACUUCCGUGCCCGGCAAGCGACUUGGUUGUGUCUGUAAAGGAGUCAUACCAUCUCCUCCGCAUGGUGCUCGAGUCCAUUCCACAACUGUUCGCCUCUACUAAGGAGGCCGGCUGCGCAUUUGGCCCCGCCUUAGCGGCAGCAGUGACGAUGCUGGAAGCAAACGGAGGCAAGAUUCUUGCCAGCAUCACGAACAUCCCUUCGGAGGGAGAUGGCAAGUUAAAGCACCGCUUUGAUGCGGCAAAGCUGUCGAACCAGCCGAAGGAGUACACGAUGUGUUCAGCGGCCAACGACUGGUACAAGCAGCGUGCCCUGGCGUGCUCGAACACCGCCAUCUCGGUCGACCUCUUUGUCGGUGCAAACAAGGACGUGGACUUGGCGACGAUUGCCCCACUCGCACGCUUCACCUCUGGCUCUAUCCACCGCGCGACCACCGUGACCAUGAGCGGCAUGGCAGACCAGGUGCAGCGGACCCUGCUGCGCUUCACCGCCUUUGACUGCACGCUGCGAGUGCGUGUGUCGAAGGGACUCAUUGUGCCAAACUUCUACGGCCACUGCCACGUGCGGGUGCCAGACUUGCUGGUGUUGCCCAUUGCCGAUGAGGAUUCGUCUUACUCGAUCGAAUUCAAGAUGGGCCCCAACUACACCGCUAAGUUCGCGUACGUGCAGUUUGCCGUCGUCUACACAACGCGUUCACGGGAGCGCCGCAUUCGCGUACAUACAGUCCAGAUACCGGUGUCUUCCACCAUCGGACCAGUCAUCAACUCGAUCAGUUCCCUCGGCAUGACGUGCUUUCUCUCGAAGAUGUGCGUUGACAUGGCUGUCAAUGGACCCUUCCCACAGGCACAGGAAAAGAUAACCGAGAAGCUGACCACCGCGUGGAAGGUGGCACUGAAGCAAAUUGAGGCUCAAGGAAUGCAGCAGAACUCAGGUGUGCUGCUCAUCCCAGAGAGCAUGCGUUUUAUUCCUCAACUGCUUUGCGGCUUCUUCCGAUGCUCGGCCACUGGUAUCGCGACGGUGCACCCGCUGCCGCCUGACGAGCGCGUCGCUUGCAUGUCCUCUGUGAUGUCGUGCCCCAUCGAGUCGAUGGUGCCGUGGUAUGUGACGUGGACGUACCUUGUGUACUCACCGGAGGAGGACGUCAACCUGCUGCCGGCCUCCAUCUUCUCGUCCGAGCAGUGCGUGCACCGCGAGGGCGUGUACCUUAUCAACGUCGGCGCCGUCAUUGUCCUGUGGUUUGGCAAGCACGUUCACUCAGCCAUCUGCCAGCUGUUUGGGGUAGAUCCGGGUGAGAUGACGCCAGAGCGGGUGGAGAAGCAGGGGCAGCUCAGGGCGUCGCCAGAGCAGCUGGAAGCUUUGCGACAACGUGUUGACGAUCUCAUCUGGGCUCAUUGUCAAAUCAACCGUAGCAGCUUUUCUGCUGUCGUGGAGGCGUGCUCGCAGGGCAACAGUACCUACGAGCCGUUAAUGAAGCGCGGAAUGGGGGAGGAUAACACGCGCAACCUAGUCGCCUAUGGCACCUACCUGCGCAAGGUAUGGGAGGCUGUGAGCGUCGGUAAAUAG